CGUGGUUACCAGCCGAGCCUCAGCCCUUGGAUCAACGAACUUGAGGAGACGUUAAACCCCCUGAUUGCACCCGGACCUGGCCCUGGCUACCCUCGUAGCCAAACCCACGAUAUGGUGUCCCUGACUGACCCUCCCACUCUGGAACCCGAUGCUAGCACCACUGGAGAACUAGGAAAACAGGCACAGAAACUCGCUCGUACUGUGUUGGAUUGUUUCCUCUCCAUCAGGUCUGUCCCUAACGACAAGUCCCGAACUGGUGCCUGCGGAUACUCCGCCACGGAAUCUGAACUCCCGUUAGGGAAUUCAUAUCUGGAAAGAGAUGCAGAUGUCGAGGCCAAAUUGGAAAGGUAUAACAGAGACGCUGUGAUACCAGGAAUACCUACUCUGGCGGAAAACAAUCUGCUAUGCCCGUUCUAUCUAUACAAGAAGGAGAAAUAUCUUGACUGCUUGAGACUUGUUGACGUGCAAGAGAUACCUGACCUCAAGGAACAUCUCUGGGCCUACCAUCGUCAACCGUCGUACUGUCCAACCUGCCAUGACACCUUCAUGCUAUCCGAGGACUGGGAGAAUCACAUUCGACUCAGGUCUUGUGUAUUUUCUGGAAAACCGCGUCCCGAAGGUAUUACUGCCUUGCAAAUGCAGCUCCUCGCUCAGUCCCCUAACCUUGACUCCCCACGAGAUGAUCAGUGGCUGUCAAUCUGGAAAAUUGUCUUCCCAGGUGUGAAAGCACCAAUACCAUUUAUACCUGGAAAGAUUGAGACCGCAGUCUGGGCAUUGAGAGACUUCUGGGCAGCCGAAGGAGGCCAAAUUAUGUCCAAGUUUCUUACAGAGGGACUGCAGCAGAGUCCCCAUCACCAAAAUCACAGAUUGAAUGUCACCACACUGGGAUCUUUAGUGAUCCAACUCGCGACUGAACAUCUAGUCGCGAGAAUCAGACAAGACUAGGUUUAUGGGCUGUGAAACCAGCGGGCACCAGAUCUACUAUCGAACGAAUGUUGAGCUGUUAAGCAAAUUCAUCACGUAAAACCAAUGGCCCUGUAUACAUCAGUCUGAACGAGAUGGCGAGUUAAGCAGAUACGAGACCCCACGCUCAUCAUAUAUAUAGUGGGCGAGAAUAUUGCUAUCAAGCCUGAGAAUAUCUUUUAAUUCGAGAAUACAAUUACUCUGGCAACAUUGGUUGCUCUCUUACCAGGACAACUUUCGCAUUGAUUGGAACCUUUUCACAGCACGG